GCCCGGGUGACGUGCGGGGCCUGCCCCGCGUGCCCUCCGGCGGCGGCCGCCGCCCCCUGCCCGGGCUGCCCGAGCUGCCCGGACUGCAGUCUGACCUGCGGGUCCGGGCCAGGCUGGUGGGCGGUCCUUGCCGCCCUGGGCGCUGGGCUCGCGGCUGGUGGCAGCCUCCGCGUGACGCUGGGCUGGGCCGCCCGAGUCGCUUCGCUCUUCGUCGGCGGGACCGACCCGCCGCGGCGCGAGGGUGCGGCGCCCGUGACCCUGCUCGUCGAGGACGACGGAGCGGGCCAGAUGGCAGCGGCGGCGAUGCGGACGCUCGACGUGCCCGAGGCGCAGGUGUGCGUGAACUACGACGACGACGACAACUUCCGAUGGCACCACAGGGUGCUCCUCGAGCAGCUCAGCCCUGGCGUCUGGGUGGCGGCGACUCCCGACGGCGAGGUGCUGACGCUGGACCUCAGCAAGCACCUGGUCGUCCCCCUGCGUCGGGGGUCCGCGUUCCCGGUGCGGGUUCGUGGGCAGGUCUACGCGUUCGGCGACCAGUCGGACGAGGACAUCGAGGCGCUGCGGGUGGAGGCGCGCGGCCUCGCCCUGGUCAUGGGCGUCUCGGCCCCAGCUGGGACUGCUGGGGGCGUCGUGCCGCGCUGGAUCGUCUCGGACCCAGGCUCGCCCGAGUUCGGGCGCGAGCUGGACCUCCACCUCAUCGGGAACCCGGAGCGGCUGAUCAGCCGCGACGCGGUGGGCAUCGCGAUGCUCAGCGAGGAGGAGGGCUGGGUCUCGGUCGAGAACGUGCAGCAGGCCGACGAGGAGGACUGGCGCGCCGAGAAGCGCCGCGGCCCGGGACGCGACCCGCGGAUCCUCCCGCUGGCGCGCCGGGGUCGCGGGGUCCAGGUGACGCUCGGGGAGGCGAUCGCGAAGAUGAACGCGAUCGACUUCGACGACUGGCCCUUUCGGGGGCCGAAGGCCCUGCCCGAGCUGCUGGCCGCCAUCCUUGCCACCGGGCUGACCCUCACGUCCUACUGGGGGUACUGGGUCUCAGAGUCGGGGGUGUCUCGGAACGCCGCGGUGGCCCAGGAGGUGCGGCACGCGCUGAACCAGCUGCACCACGCCGUGACGUACGACCUCGUGGACCCGUCGAACUUGGCGUCUCUGGAGCUCCUGGGGCGCCGAGUGCUGCAGAUCCAGCGGGCUGUGAAGAGGUGCCCGCGCCACCCGAGUUUCGAGGGCCUCGGCUUGAUGUUGAGCAGCUCUCUGGACGAGAGCGGAGGCGUCGUGACGUCGAGGUUCGACGCGUUCGUGGCCGAGGAGCAGAAGUCGCAGGGCAUCAUUCUGAAGCAGGAGCGGAUGUACCGGGAGGAGCAGGAGUCGGAGGCGAAGAAGUACGAGAGGCAGGGCGACGACCGGGAGAGGGGCUCCAGGGCGGAUCCGAAGGGCAAGGUGAAGCCGAAGCCCAAGGCCGCCGCGAAGGAGUCGGUCAUCAAGCGAGUCCGACGUCGUAUCCGCGGGUUCGGCGACCGACCGAAAGACAUGGACUGUGCUGGAGCCCUGCAGGAGCUCCUCAAGUGCAAGGAUCUGUACUCGAACAUGGGCGAGGCUUCUACUCGCCGCGACUACGAUGCUGACAAGCUCAAUGUGUUACGACGUGCGCCACAUGACCGGCCUCGUCAGCUUCGAGACGUUGCCCCUCGGCACGUCACCGAGGCGCUGGACCACUUCGACUCGGACGUCGUUCGCCCCGCGCCGAACAUCCCCGAGGACGAGGUCAUCGUGGAGCCGUACUGGGACCCUCUCCUCAAUCCGCGCGACCCUCAGAACCGGCCACGUCUGGUCGACUUCCUUCGACGACUCGCUGCACGGGGCCUGGUGGAUGGCCGGGCGCGUCGGAAGGCGCGCGUCAGUACCUUCUUCGUCGCCAAGAAGAACGGCGACAUCCGCAUGGUCGUGGACGCUCGCCAGCCCAACCAGCUGCACAAGCUUCCCCCUCGGACUGUGCUUGCAUCCGGUGAGGCGCUGGGCUCGAUCAACUUGCUCGACGCCGUCGGCGCGAGCCCCGAGGACUUGGCGGAUUUCGACGGCUGCUACGAGUCACUCUGCGCAGGCUCCGUGGACCUCAUGGACGGGUUCUACCAGUUCGCCGACCCCUCGUGGGGCAGCUGGAUGUGCUUCGACGUGGAGGUCACCGCUGACGAGCUCGGGCUCGACUCGAUCUACGACGAGAAGCUCGGGCGCCGCGUGGCCGUAUCGGGCGACGACGUCAUCUGGCCCUGCUUCGCGGCGCUGCCCAUGGGCUGGAGCUGGGCGCUCUGGAUCUGCCACGAGGUUCUCGUCGACGCGAUGGUCGAGGCGGGCCUCCCAGGCGACGGCUGGUGCCUUGACGAAGCCCGCGCGCCGACUCUCGUCGGACAGGCUGUCGUCAGGGCGCCGUACGUCGACAACGGGAAUCUUGUGUCGCUCAGCGCGCCGGCGCUCAACGACCGGCUGGACAAGCUCACUGCUGAACUGGACCGUCGUGGGCUUCGCUGGCACGAGCUCGAGCGCGCGCAGCCCGGCCUUGUCAUCUUGGGGUUGGUGCUCGACGGGCGCGAGGGCCGACUCAGGCAUACCGCCAAGCGCGCCUGGAGGCUCUACCUGGCUCUGCACCACGUGCUUCGGACGCCAUGGCUCGCCCGCUGGCAGCUGCGACGGAUCGUCGGCCAUCUGGUGCACUACUUCUCCGUCGUGCGCCCCGGGCUCAGCGUGCUGGGGGCCUGCUACACGUUCAUCGGAGACGGCGACCUGUCCCCUGUCGUGCGCUUGCCUGGAGAUGUUCUCGGUGAGCUCGCAGUUGCUGCAGGGCUCGUCUUCCUCGGCGAAGUGGACCUGUGCCGCGUGCCGUCCGACGUCGCCUUCACGACCGACAGCUCGCUGCGAGGCUACGCCGUCUGCGAAGCCCGGCUGGAGCCCUGGGAGGUGCUGGCGGCCACCAGAUGGCGGGAGCGCCAGCGGUUCGUCGCCACCGAGCCCGAGGUCGCGCCCGACGACGAGCAGUACGAGGGGCGGGCCGCCGGCUUCUGCGACAUCUCCGAGCCACUGCCCGUCGAGCUGCCGCCCCGGCUGCGGCACGCCGUGGCCAAGAGGCGCCGGGUCGAGUUGGAGAUCGGCGUCCCGCCCGAGCCGUUGGCGGACGCUCUGCUGGACGCUGGCCGCUGGGUGGAGCGCCGCCGUGGCGCGUGGCGCCGGCCAGGGCGUAUCCACGCCCUCGAGGCGCGCGCCGCCGUCGCACCGCUAUGGAGAGCGGCAGGCGACGUCAACUUCCACGGGAAGGAGAUCCUCAGUCUGUGCGACAACAUGUCGUCGGUCCUCGCCUUUGAGAAGGGCAGGGCCACCAAUUUUGAGCUCCUGGCGCAGUGUCGCCGGGCUGCGGCCGUCUGCUUCGGGUGCGAGAUCCGCUGGCGCCCGAGGCACGUGCCUGGCAUCUACAACGUCGCGGACCACGGGAGCCGGGCGGCUGACCGGGGUGAGCUCCUCCCCGGACGCUGCCGCGGACGAGGCGCCCUGUCGGCGCCCACCAGCGGCAGCCGCCGAAUUCCCGUGGUCCCGCCAGCCGCGGGCUGGGCCAAGGCCUCGCCGACCACGGCUACCGAGUUUGAGAUCGGACGAGAGCAGGCCGAGCUGCUGGGAGUAAAAGGCAUCAAGAUGAAGUCUCGAGAGUACUCCCCAACGAGCGACCCCGACGAGAUCGACAUGAACAUGUUCGAAGCCUCCCUGUUGCACCCGAGCCUCCUGGAGUUCCUCUACGGGGCCCACAUGUACACCUUGGGGCACGCGAAGAUCCUCAACAGGACCCUCCUGAGCGCCCUCGGCCUCCUGCAGUUCUACAACGGGGCCCACCUGUACAUCUUGGGCCACACGAAGAGCCUCAACGGGCACUGGCUAAGCGCCCUCGGCCUCCUGAAGUUCCUCGACGGGCAUCUCGUUGAACAUUGGCUCAAAUCGGGAGAAGUCUGGUGGGUCCACCUGGGCCUGCCUUGCACGAGGUGGGUGCCCGUCGGGGGGGCGCGCGAUCCAUCGCCGGCGGACCGCACGCUCGUGGCAUUCACAGUCCGUGUCUUGCGGCUCUGCCGAACCCUGGGGAUCUUCGUCACUUUCGAGAACCCGCCUGCGAGCCGAGUCUGGAAGUGGCCCGCGUUGCAGCGCGAGCUGCAGCGCCUUGCCUGGCCGAAGGUGCUGUUCGACUCGUGCAGGUUCGGGGCGCCCUUCAAGAAGCCAGGUCCGGCAUCCAACGCGAGGCUGGACGUGGCGGACGACUCUGGCCGGGGCUUACCCACCCAGCUGGUGCCGCCUGCUGGCCUCGUUGGCCAGGGUGGGCCACCGCGCUCGACCCGCGCCCGCGCAGCCGCUGACGUGGCGGUUGCACCAGCGCCGGCGCAGCCGCGGUCGCACUGGCAGCCGCGGGCAACGGCUGGCGUCGGCGCCCGCGAGGCAGACGUCGAGGCAGGCGCCGACUCAGCCGUGCUGACGCCCAGGCGCGCAGGCCGGAGCCAACGUGACCCUGUCCCUCGUCCAGUGGCCGUGGCCGCCCGGCGCCGCCGAGCGCAGGCUGCCGCGCGUGGAGACGUCGCUGCUAGUCAGCGACGGGCCGCCCCUGGAGAGUACCUCCGCCUGGCCUCGCUGCGGCCAGCCACGGUCGACAGCUUCACGUCCGCCGUGAUCGAGCUGACCGACUACGCCAAUCGCCGGGGCUUGCUGCUGACCACGCCGGAGCUGGCAGACGAGACGCUCAACUUGUACUUCGAAGACUUGUUCUUUGCAGGUGAGCCCCAGUACCUGGCUCGAAACGCGUUGUAUGGGCUCUGCAAAGUUCGAGGAUGGUCUGCUAGCCGACCUCGCUUCCAUAAGGCCAAAGAUGCCCUGACUGGUUGGGCGGCGAAACUGCCGGCUACGCCACGAGAGCCGCCACCGUUCGAAGCCGUCCAGCUGACCUGUGCCGUGCUCGACAACGGGACCACGUCCGACCUGCUGGCGUGCCUGGCCUCCGUGACCGGGUUCGACAUGUACUUCCGGCCAGGCGAGUUGCUUGCCAUCAAGCCAGAGCACGUCUUCGGCUCUCGUACGUCGGGCAGGGCUUCUGACAUCACCGUCGUCGUAGCACCGCUUGGCGACGACAAGCCAGCCAAGAACAAAGAUUUCGACUGUACGGUGAAGGCCGGCACUGACCUGCCAGUUCGCCGAGUCGUUCCCGAGAUUCUCUCUAG